AUGGAGAAAUCAAAAGUCUUUGCUGAGAAAGGACUCUUCGAAAAGAUAAAGCUCUGUCUUUCAAAGAUACCGCUGCCAACUCCCGCUGACCGAAAGACGUUUGACCGUGACUUUGCUAUCUCCACUUCCUUUCAUGGGGUACAUAAUAUUGUUGGGAACCGGAGCCAAAUCCGCAAGGUGAUCUGGUUGGCGGUGGUCCUGGGCUCAGUCUCGCUCGUGGUGUGGCAGAUCUACUGUCGCUUUGUCAACUACUUCACGUGGCCAACCACCACCUCUGUAGAGGUUCAGUACGUGGAAAAUGUAGAGUUCCCAGCUGUGACGUUUUGUAAUUUAAACAGGUUCCAAACAGAUGCUGUAGCCAAAUUUGGUCUGAUUUUUUUCUUAUGGGAUAUUGUAUCCAAAGUCCUCCAUCUGCAGGAGUUAAGUGCCAAUUCCACUCGCUCUAAAGAGGUUAUUGAUUUUCUUGAACGUCACCAAAACUUCAACAUUACAGAAUUUGUCCGAAAAAAUGGUUUUUAUCUCAACAAUAACACUUUGUUGAAAUGUGACUUUUUUGGGAAGCCAUGUGGCCCAAAGGAUUUUGCACAUGUCUUCACUGAAUAUGGAAACUGUUUUACUUUUAAUCAUGCUGAUAAUGUCCAAACCAGGAAAAAAGUGAGUGUUUCUGGAAGAGGCUUAAACUUGCUCUUCAAUGUCAAUCAGGAGGAAUUCACUGAUGACCCAGCCUUUGGUUUUGUUGAUGCCGGUAUCGUCUUUGCCAUCCAUUCACCAAAGAAGAUGCCCCAGUUCGACGGUCUGGGCUUGUCGUCUCCGGUGGGCAUGCAUGCGCGGGUGACCAUCCGCCAAGUGAAGACUGUUCAUCAAGAAUACCCUUGGGGAGAAUGCAACCCAGGCAUCAAGCUAAAGAACUUUUGUACCUACAGCACUUCUGGUUGUUUGAAGGAAUGCAAAGCACAGCACAUAGAAAAACAGUGUGGAUGUUUACCUUUUUUGCUUCCUGGAAAUGGAACAGAGUGUGAUCUCCAAAAGUUUCACAGCUGUGUUUCCCCUAUUCUGGACCACAUUGAAAUUAAGGGAUUAUGUACAAUGGGAAAACAUAAUUCUAGCUGCCCUGUACCUUGUGAAGAAACUGAAUACCCUGCUACUAUUACUUAUUCUACUUUUCCAAGUCAAAAAGCUUUGAAAUCUUUGUCCAAGAAGUUGAAUAAGAGCCAGGAAUAUAUCAGGCAGAAUCUUGUGAAUAUUGAAAUAAACUAUAGUGAAUUAAACUACAAGAUAACUCAGCAGCAAAAAGCAGUGAGUGUGUCUGAGUUACUUGCAGAUGUUGGUGGUCAACUGGGCUUAUUUUGUGGGGCCAGUAUGAUAACGAUUAUAGAAAUCAUUGAAUAUAUAGCCACCAAUUUCUACUGGAUAUGCAUCUUGUUUUUGCUGAAGAUACGGGAAAUGAGCCAGGGGUCUUCUCCACGUCAGAAUCAUCUGGAGAACACUAGCAGCAUAGAAGAAUGCUGA